AUGCUCAACUACGACUACGCAAUUCUCAAGCUAAAUAGGUCCCUGGACUUCAACGGCACGGAGAAGGAUCUUAUGCCUAUUUGCCUCCCAGAGGAUCGCCAGUCAUUCACGGGACAGAUCUGCACAGCCAGCGGAUGGGGAGUCACGGCGAACGGUGGAACGGUACCAAACAGCAACCUGCUGAAAGUGGACAUUCCCGUUAUACGCCUCUCUACGUGCAAGAGAGACUACAAAGAGGUUAGCGAAGUCUACAGAGACACCAUGAUAUGUGCAGGUUACAGGAAGGGAGGGAAAUCGACCUGCCAGGGAGACUCAGGAGGCCCCCUUCAGUGCAAAUCUACAGACGGUCGCUACGUGCUCGCCGGAAUGACUUCGUGGGGUGAGCUCUGCGCGGCUCCGCGCGAACCCACCGUUUUUUCGAGGAUUGCCACCCAACUGUCCUGGAUCGAGGAGGUCACGGGAACAUCUCCGUGA